CUUUCCUAUUUAAGCUACCAGUCAGCCACACAAACUUGGGAGAAAGUGGGAGUGAGAAAGAGAAGUCAUGGUUUCUAGGGAGCCAAAAAGGGCAGCCAAGCAAAAGAAGCUGCAACUUCUUCGUUCCAUCACCAACUCUCAUGCGCACGACAAAGCCUCUAUCAUAUUAGAUGCAUCAAAUUACAUAAAGGACUUAAAGCAAAGGGUAGAAAAAUUGAAUCAAGACGUUGCUACUGCUGCAAGCUUUACUAGCCAGAAUUUCCCCACGAUUAGAGUAGAAGAACAAGAGAAUGAUUUUCUGAUUAAGGUAUUCACCGCAAGGAAUUGCCAAGGAUUGCUUGUAUUCAUAUUGGAAGCUUUUGAAGAGCUCGGCCUUGAGGUGCUCCAAGCUAGGGUUUCUACUUCGGACAGUUUCCUUUUAGAAGCUAUCGCUACAAGAGAGAAUAAAGAAGCUGAUGACCAUAUCGAUGCUCAAGUGGUAAAACAAGUAGUGUUGCAAGGGAUACAAAAAUGGAUUGAAGUUAGUGAGCAAGAAUGAAGCAAAGCAGUUGCUAGCUAGCUAGUAGCCAAGCAAGCAUUGGUUGCUUCUUUCAUCUCUUAUCAUCACAUGUGAAUCGAUGAUUUUUGAUAUGCGGCAGAGAAAAUCCAAAAGCUGGACCUGCAAUAUCGAUCAUAUAAAUGUGCAUCAUGUGAAACAAUCUGUUUUUAUGUACAAUGAGAAACAAAUGGCAACAAAAUGUUUUGAUUCCUUCA